GUCUAGAUGGACUGCUGCUCACUUGCUGAAACGGCGACAAAAUGCGGACGGCGCUUCAUCUGCUGCUCCUGCUCAUCCCAAAUGGAGGAUGCACAGGUGGUCCCACCUUUACGACAAAGACCGUUGCAGUUGGACAAGAUGUCUCUCUGGAAUGUCCCCGGGACAAAUCCAGACUUCAGGAUCGUCUUUUUUGGAUCCGGCUUGUUUCUGGAAGCUUUCCUGAACGUUUAGCUGAGGCGUCAGCCUUCGAUUUGACGAAACCUCAUCUUGGGCCAUCAAACAGUGAACGUCGCAUCACAGCCGAAAAACAGCCAGGAAUUUUUGUUCUGCAAAUUCAUCAAGUGCAGAAAAGUGACAUGGCCGUCUACUACUGUUUCAAUUGGACACAAUGGGUUUAUAGCAUGGCAUUUGUGAAGGGAAUAUUUCUGAAGGUCAAAGAUUUCCCAGAAACAGGACCGUCUGUCUCUCUAGACUUGCGGUCUGAUGCGGGCCCACCUGGAUCACCUGUGACCUUACGGUGCUCGGUCGUCUCCCGCCCGGGGAAUAAAACGUGUACGGAUGGACACAACGUUUACUGGUUCAGAGCUGGAACAGAUGGCGCGCAUCCCAGCUUCGUUUACGCUCAUGAACAAUGCGGAGAGGUCGAAGGUGGCUCGACGCGGAAAUGCGAUCCCGUUUUCUCAAAGAACGUCACCUCCUCCGAUGCCGGAACUUACUUCUGUGCUGUGGCCACGUGUGGGGAGAUUUUCAUGAGAUCCGCAAAAAUAGUCACCAUUGAAGUGUCCAGCACGAGUGAUUUACCAAAGUCCGUUAUUUUCAUCUUGGGUGCUGCUUCAGCCUUAAUCUUCAUCCUGUCAGCCUUCCUCAUAUUCAAGAUCAAGACAAAAAUAUGUUUUUGCUGCAAAGCUUGUCCGCAAAGCCAUGACGAAAGGCCCAAUGGUGUGCAGCAGAGAGACGAGGACGCUGUGGUUUAUUCCAUGUUGACCAUCGUCGCCAGGAAACGCAGCAAAACCGGUCAGACCAAUGCAAGACCCACCGAGGAAUUUAACACGUACACCGACGUCUGCCUCCGUAACUGAAUCCUUAAGACGCAAAAUUAAUACAAUGAUUAUUUCCUUUAGCAUCCCAGCCUAGUGUGUCGAGACCUUUGAUUUACUCUGAUUUCAAAAGUACUGUUGGACUUUACAGUGCAAAACCUAUUUAGGAGCUCAAUGACUUCUCUCAAUCUAUCAGAAUAGAAAGAUAAAUACACUCAUCAAAAAGUGAUCUAAGGAUAGGAAUUCUACAUAAUAAUAGGUAGUCAGUUUGUAAAUGUGAUGAAUAGAUGUGAUGAAUAGUUUUGAAAAAGUUACUAAAGCAAAAAAAAUUAAAAAAAAUAAAUACCAACUGAUGAUGACCAUAUAGAAUUGGGCUUACCUGCAUAUCUUUUGUAACACAGUGAAAGCUUCAACAUGCGCUUCGGCUUUAUGUGAAAACUAUCACAAAUGUAUUACUUCUGUUGUGUUUAUAUUUAACAUAUUGUGUCACUUAUCACUGCAAACAAUAAAACAACAAGUCUUGAAA